GGCUCCGACCGGACCGGAUCCUGUUGCCGGAAGGAGUCCCCGACAUUUUGGGGUGAUAAGGAAGGCGCCCGGCAGGAGGGGAUUUCUCACCCGUUCCAGCCCCGCCUGGUUAUUUCUUCAGUAUAAAUAGUUCCACCAACACUCUGUCGGCUGUCACAGCUCUUGACAAUCAUCCACAAUUGUGUUCAACAUGUCGCAACUCUCCAACUAUCGUCUCCUUAGCUUCGAUGUCUACGGCACUCUGGUCGACUGGGAAGGUGGCAUCCUGGCCGCCUUCCAGCCCAGUCUCGACAAAGCCAACGCCCACUUCACCCGCGAACACCUUCUCACCGUGUACCACGAAUUAGAGCACGCGCAACAAGCACAGACGCCCGAUAUGCCGUACUCGCAACUCCUCGCCACUAUUCAUCCUCAGUGGACAGAGCGCCUCGGUCUGCCUCGGCCGUCAGAAGAGGAAAGCCGCCAGUUUGGAGAAUCCAUCGGCAACUGGCCCGCUUUCCCGGAUACCGUCGACGCAUUAAAGCGACUGGCCCAGAAGUACAAGCUGGUGGUGCUGUCCAAUGUCGAUCGCGCUUCUUUUGCCAAGACCAAUGCUGGUAGCUUGCAAGGUUUCCCCUUUGAUCUCAUCAUCACCGCACAAGAUGUGGGCUCCUACAAGCCCGAUCUCCGGAACUUUGAAUACCUGCUCAAGGCAGUCAAGGAAAAAUUCGACAUCGAACCCGUGCAGGUGCUGCAGACCGCGCAGAGCCAGUUCCAUGACCACCACCCGGCGCGCAAGAUGGGGUUGAAGUCCGUGUGGAUUGAGCGGCCGGGCGCAACAAUGGGAAAUCUGUCGGAGACGAUCUAUGACUGGCGGUUUGAUACCUUGGGGGAGAUGGCUGAUGCGGUUGAUAAGGGACUGUAGAGUAGUGAAUGAGCUGAUUCUUGUCUUUCAAUUUUGAACGAUCCCAGAGGAAAUUUAUAAUAGAGGGAGAGAAGAAAGCAGAACUUCUCAACCAAC